UACUUAACCGAUCUUUCCCGCAGGAAGGCUCCAGGGCUCUGUUCUCGUGUCUCAACUAGCCCAAAGUCUCGUUAGCCCUCCGAAAUGCCGAAGCCAAUUGUCCAAGAGGGUGAGGACCCUGAUCCGACCCCAUACCUGUUCGUAUCACUCGAACAGAAGCGCAUCGACCAAAGCAAGCCCUACGAUGGUAAGAAGGCUUGCUGGGUACCAGACGAGAAAGAGGGCUUCCUACAGGGAGAAAUUAAAGCCACCAAGGGGGACCUGGUGACCGUCAACCUCCCUGGAGGCGAGACAAAAGACUUCAAGAAGGACUUUGUUACUCAAGUGAACCCGCCUAAAUACGAAAAAUGUGAGGAUAUGUCCAACUUGACAUACCUCAACGACGCUUCCGUUUUGUAUAACUUGAAGCAGAGAUAUUAUCAUAAGCUCAUUUACACAUACUCGGGUCUCUUCUGUGUGGCUAUCAACCCUUACAAGAGGUUCCCCGUGUACACGACACGAUGUGCCAGGCUCUACCGAGGCAAGCGUCGCUCGGAAGUGCCUCCCCACAUUUUCGCCAUUUCCGACGGUGCUUACGUCAACAUGUUAACCAACCACGAGAAUCAAUCUAUGUUGAUUACCGGUGAGUCUGGUGCUGGUAAGACUGAGAACACGAAGAAGGUAAUUGCGUACUUCGCGACCGUUGGUGCGUCUCAAAAGAAAGAUGCAAGCCAGGAGAAGAAGGGCUCUCUAGAGGACCAAGUCGUACAAACUAACCCUGUACUUGAAGCCUUCGGUAACGCCAAGACCGUCCGUAACGACAACUCCUCCCGUUUCGGUAAAUUCAUCCGUAUCCACUUCGGACCAUCAGGAAAACUGGCCGGAGCUGACAUUGAAACUUAUCUGCUGGAGAAGGCCCGUGUAAUCUCCCAGCAGGCGCUGGAACGUUCUUACCACAUCUUCUACCAGAUGAUGUCCGGCUCCGUCAAUGGACUUAAGGCCAUGUGUUUGCUGUCCGACAACGUACAUGAUUAUAACAUCAUAGCGCAAGGAAAAACUACAAUUCCCAAUGUUGAUGAUGGAGAGGAAUGUUUAUUGACCGAUCAAGCCUUCGACAUCCUGGGUUUCACUCAAGAGGAGAAAGACAAUGUUUACAAGAUCACAGCUGCUGUCAUGCACAUGGGUGGUAUGAAGUUCAAACAGAGGGGUCGUGAGGAGCAAGCUGAGGCUGACGGCACUGAGGACGGUGAGAAGGUCGCUAAGUUGUUCGGUGUUGACUGCGCUGACCUAUACAAGAACUUGUUGAAGCCCCGCAUUAAGGUCGGAAACGAGUUCGUGACCCAAGGUCGUAACAAGGACCAGGUUACCAACUCCAUUGGUGCCCUCUGCAAGGGUGUGUUUGACAGGCUGUUCAAGUGGCUCGUCAAGAAGUGUAACGAGACUCUUGACACCAAGCAAAAGAGACAGCACUUCAUUGGUGUGCUUGAUAUCGCCGGUUUCGAGAUCUUCGACUACAAUGGGUUCGAACAACUUUGCAUUAACUUCACAAAUGAAAAACUGCAACAAUUCUUCAACCAUCACAUGUUUGUGUUGGAGCAAGAGGAGUACCAGAAAGAGGGCAUCCACUGGGAGUUCAUUGAUUUUGGAAUGGACUUGCUCGCCUGUAUUGACCUUAUCGAAAAGCCCAUGGGUAUCCUCUCCAUUCUUGAAGAAGAGUCUAUGUUCCCGAAAGCCACCGAUCAGACCUUCGUUGAGAAGUUGAACAACAACCACUUGGGUAAAUCCCCUCCUUACCUGAAGCCCAAGCCCCCCAAGCCCGGUUGCCAAGCAGCUCACUUCGCCAUUGGUCACUACGCCGGUAAUGUCGGUUACAACAUCACUGGAUGGCUUGAGAAGAACAAGGACCCCUUGAACGACACUGUCGUUGACCAGUUUAAGAAGGGAAGCAACAAACUGUUGAUUGAGAUCUUCGCUGACCACCCUGGUCAGUCCGGAGAUGCCGGUGCUGGUGGCGGUGGCAAGGGAGCUGGAGGCAAGCGUGCCAAGGGUUCCGCCUUCCAGACUGUAUCAUCGCUGUACAGGGAACAACUUAACAAUUUGAUGGCCACACUGAGGUCAACCCAACCUCACUUCGUACGUUGUAUCAUCCCCAACGAGUUGAAGCAGGCUGGUCUCAUCGACUCCCACCUUGUGAUGCACCAGCUGACAUGUAACGGUGUGCUUGAGGGUAUCCGUAUCUGUCGUAAAGGUUUCCCCAACAGGAUGGUCUACCCCGACUUCAAGCUCCGCUACAAGAUCCUGGCCCCACAAGCAGUUGCCAAGGAAUCCGAUCCUAAGAAAAUCGCUCAAAUUAUCCUGGAAACGACUGACUUGGAUGUCGAAUCGUACCGUCUGGGUCACACCAAGGUAUUCUUCCGCGCCGGAGUCCUGGGUCAGAUGGAAGAGUUACGUGACGACAGAUUGUCUAAGAUCGUUUCUUGGCUACAAUCCUACAUCCGUGGUUACCUUUCACGUAAAGAAUUCAAGAGGUUGCAGGAACAGAGAAUCGCUCUCCAAGUUGUCCAGCGCAACUUGCGCAAAUACCUGCAGCUCCGCACCUGGCCAUGGUGGAAGUUGUGGCAGAGGGUCAAGCCCCUCCUCAACGUCACCCGUAUCGAGGACGAGAUUGCGAAACUCGAGGAGAAGGCGCAAAAGGCCCAGGAGGCUUUCGAGAAGGAAGAAAAGCUCCGCAAGGAGGUGGAGGCUCUCAACGCCAAGCUGUUGGAGGAAAAGCAAGCGCUGCUUUCCAACUUGGAAGGAGAGAAGGGCUCUCUCAGCGAAGUGCAGGAACGCGCUAACAAACUGCAGGCUCAAAAGGCCGACCUCGAAAACCAACUUAGGGACACACAAGACCGUCUUACACAAGAAGAGGAUGCCCGCAAUCAGCUCUUCCAGGGCAAGAAGAAGUUGGAACAGGAAAUCUCUGGACUCAAAAAGGAUGUUGAAGACCUGGAGCUUUCCAUCCAGAAGUCUGAACAAGACAAGGCCACCAAGGAUCACCAAAUUCGCAACUUGAACGAUGAGAUCGCCCACCAAGAUGAGCUCAUCAACAAGUUGAACAAAGAAAAGAAGUUACAGGGCGAGAGCACCCAGAAGACAUCUGAGGAGCUCCAAGCCGCCGAGGACAAGGUCAACCACCUUAACAAGGUUAAGCAAAAGUUGGAACAGACCCUCGACGAGCUCGAAGAUUCAUUGGAGCGUGAAAAGAAACUCCGCGGUGACGUCGAGAAGCAGAGGAGGAAGGUUGAGGGUGACCUCAAGCUUACUCAGGAGGCCGUCACUGACUUGGAGCGCAACAAAAAAGAACUCGAACAAACCAUCCAACGCAAGGACAAGGAGAUCUCUUCCCUCACUGCCAAGCUCGAAGACGAACAAUCUCUGGUCAGCAAACUCCAGAAACAGAUUAAGGAACUACAGGGCCGCAUCGAAGAACUCGAAGAGGAAGUGGAGUCGGAGAGACAAGCCCGUGCCAAGGCCGAAAAGCAACGCGCCGACCUCGCACGUGAGCUUGAGGAGCUCGGCGAGCGUCUGGAGGAGGCCGGUGGUGCCACCUCUGCUCAAAUCGAGCUCAACAAGAAGCGUGAGGCUGAACUUAGCAAACUGCGUCGUGACUUGGAGGAGGCUAACAUCCAACACGAGUCCACACUCGCUAGCUUGCGCAAGAAGCACAACGAUGCCGUAGCCGAGAUGGGCGAGCAGCUUGACCAGCUCAACAAGCUCAAGGCUAAGGCUGAGAAAGAGCGCUCUCAAUACUUUAGCGAAGUCAAUGACCUUCGUGCCGGUCUCGACCAUUUGUCCAACGAUAAGGCUGCCCAAGAAAAGAUCGUUAAGCAACUCCAACACCAACUCAAUGAGGUACAAAACAAGGCUGAUGAAGCUAACCGUACCCUCAACGACUUGGACGCUGCUAAGAAGAAGCUCUCCAUCGAGAACUCUGACCUGCUCCGCCAACUCGAAGAAGCUGAAUCCCAAGUCUCACAGCUGUCCAAGAUCAAGGUGUCUCUCACAACUCAGCUUGAGGACACCAAGAGGCUUGCUGACGAAGAAUCCAGGGAACGCGCUACACUUCUUGGCAAGUUCCGCAACUUGGAGCACGAUUUGGACAACAUCCGCGAGCAAGUUGAAGAGGAAGCCGAGGGCAAGGCUGAUUUACAACGCCAAUUGUCCAAGGCUAACGCUGAAGCCCAAUUAUGGCGAUCCAAGUACGAAUCCGAGGGAGUCGCCCGCUCCGAGGAGCUCGAGGAAGCCAAGCGCAAGCUCCAGGCUCGCCUUGCAGAAGCCGAGGAGACCAUUGAAUCACUUAACCAGAAGGUUGUUGCUCUUGAAAAGACGAAGCAACGCCUUGCUACUGAAGUUGAGGACUUACAGCUCGAGGUCGACAGAGCCACUGCCAUUGCCAACGCUGCUGAGAAGAAACAGAAGGCGUUCGACAAGAUCAUUGGUGAAUGGAAACUCAAGGUUGAUGACCUGGCGGCUGAACUUGAUGCCAGCCAAAAGGAAUGCCGCAACUACUCUACUGAACUGUUCCGCCUUAAAGGUGCCUACGAAGAAGGCCAAGAACAACUCGAAGCCGUUCGUCGCGAAAACAAGAACCUCGCUGAUGAAGUCAAGGACUUACUUGACCAAAUCGGUGAAGGAGGCCGCAACAUUCACGAAAUUGAAAAGGCUAGGAAGCGUCUUGAAGCCGAGAAGGAUGAACUCCAGGCGGCUCUUGAAGAGGCUGAAGCUGCUCUUGAACAAGAAGAAAACAAGGUCCUGCGCGCACAACUGGAGUUGUCACAGGUCAGACAAGAGAUCGACAGGAGGAUCCAAGAGAAGGAAGAGGAAUUCGAAAACACGCGCAAGAACCACCAGCGUGCACUUGACUCUAUGCAAGCCUCCCUCGAAGCUGAAGCCAAGGGCAAGGCUGAGGCGCUGCGCAUGAAGAAGAAGCUUGAGGCCGACAUUAACGAACUUGAGAUCGCUCUCGACCACGCUAACAAGGCCAACGCUGAGGCACAGAAGAACAUCAAACGCUACCAGCAACAGAUUAAGGAUCUCCAGACCGCUCUUGAAGAGGAACAACGUGCCCGGGAUGAUGCCCGUGAACAGCUCGGAAUCUCUGAACGUCGUGCUAACGCACUCCAGAAUGAACUUGAGGAAUCCCGUACUCUCCUAGAACAAGCUGACCGUGCCCGUCGUCAAGCUGAACAAGAAUUGGGUGACGCUCAUGAACAACUCAAUGAUCUGUCCGCCCAGAGUGCAUCACUCUCCGCCGCCAAGAGGAAACUCGAGUCUGAAUUACAGACUCUUCACUCUGACCUUGACGAACUCCUCAACGAGGCCAAGAACUCAGAAGAGAAAGCAAAGAAGGCAAUGGUUGACGCUGCCAGACUUGCUGACGAGCUCCGCGCUGAACAGGAUCAUGCUCAAACACAGGAGAAACUUCGCAAGGCCCUUGAACAGCAAAUCAAGGAACUGCAAGUGAGACUCGACGAAGCUGAAGCUAACGCUCUUAAGGGCGGUAAGAAAGCUAUCCAGAAACUUGAACAGAGAGUACGAGAACUUGAAAAUGAGCUGGAUGGUGAACAGAGGAGGCAUGCUGAUGCUCAAAAGAACCUCCGUAAGGCUGAGAGACGCAUCAAGGAGUUGACGUUCCAGGCUGAGGAGGACCGCAAGAACCACGAACGUAUGCAAGACCUUGUUGACAAACUUCAACAGAAGAUCAAGACCUACAAGAGGCAGAUCGAGGAAGCCGAAGAAAUCGCUGCUCUUAACUUAGCCAAGUUCCGCAAAGCACAGCAGGAGUUGGAAGAGGCCGAGGAAAGGGCAGACCUCGCCGAGCAAGCCAUCAGCAAAUUCCGUGGCAAGGGACGUGCGGGAUCCACUGCGAGAGGAGUCAGUCCGGCGGCGUCCGUUAAAGGACGCAUCUAGAUCAUCACCGCAGUAAAUCCCCCACGUUCGCGCCCCGCGCUUGACGGUUUCGGCACCUUCCCACCAAGGUUCGACCUAGCGCCCGAAGAUUUCUAAACGUUCCAUAAACAAUAAAACGGACUGUAAAUGUAACACCAGUGUAUUCGCGUGAACGAUGAACUGUUAGGAUUUAUAUAGAAAACUGUAUACACUAUGUUUUUACGAAGUAUUUUGUAAUUGUUGAUAUUUAUUUAUUGAUUACCGUCUGUAUCGCGCGGGCGAGCGAGCGGUGCGUGCGCGUCGAGCUCCAAGAGACACACCCUCCACCCCGCUUCACCGCCGCCGAGUGCCGCUCGCCUGCUCUGCUUACAUCCAAAUAAAGCGAUAUCGUUGUCAGAAAAUUUA